CGCGCCUUGUUCUCGACGGCGUGCGCAACGAUGCCUCCUAAAUUCGCGCCCAAGAUCUACCAACUACAAGUCAAGACACACAAGCAGACCAUAUUCUUGACUUUGGCGCCGGGCACGACUAUAGAUGAGAUCAAGCGAGAAGUGCUAGAUGCGCUAUCACACCCUGUGUCAGACCUCGUCACCAAUCCAAGAGCGGAAGAAGAGACGCCAGAGGAGCUUCCAUCUGCACAGGAUGUGUCCGACUUCGUCUUGUGUCGUGAGCAGAAGGGCGAGUACGAAACUAUACAGGACGGAUCGAAGGCCCUGAAAGACUUGGGCCUUUCGGGAUGGCCUGUCCUGUAUAUCAGAUUCAAAGAUAAUGAUGGCAAUUUGCUCCCGCUUAAGUACACCCAACCCAACUUAGACGACGAAGAUGCGCCAACCGAUGUCGUUUACCCUGCCGAAAGCGAUCGACCCAACAAGCGAAAAGCGCGCCCCGAAGAAGUAGUAGCCGCAAUUGGAGACAUCGUCGACGCGAUCUGAAUGACCGCGCGCCGAGUGGUUGCGUUGUACCAUAGUGUAAGAGCAAUGUACAUUGUGCUUUUGGGAUAUCAGGGUGAGAGGGGAUGCGGCAAUCAGUGUCUAUGACGAUGCUGGUAUCUUCUUCCAUUGCUUAUGUGGGUCCAGCGGGAGAAGGGCGGCAGCGACUCGGCGACCCUCCUCGGUCAAGAGGUUGUACGUUGAGCAGGCGUCGCG